AUGGAUUCUAAUCAGACGAUAGACAACAAUGUUCAUUUACUAUUCAAAUAUUCUUUAACAUUUAUUAAUUUAAAAGAUUUAAAAAUGUACGAAAUUAUUAUACUUAUAUCUUAUUCGUUUAUGAUAUGUUUAUCAUUUUUUACAAAUUUAAUUGCUAUUCUUGUAUUUAUGUUUGGUAGACGAUCAAGAACAGCAUUAUCACCAUUUUUAUUAAAUUUAAGUGUAUUUAAUAUUAUAAUGACAGUUUAUUGUAUUCCAUUUACAAUAACAUCAGUCAUAUUUCAACGAUGGUUAUAUCCAAAAUAUUUAUGUAUUAUAUUAGAAUCAUUAAAAAUGUUUUCUGUUUCCGGUGUUUUAUUAACACUUAUUACAAUAGCAAUUGAUCGAUAUUGUGUUGUUAAAUAUCCACUUGAAUGUAAAUUAUAUCCUAUUCAUAAACGAAAUUUAAUUGCACUUAUAAUUAUUUGGAUUAUUAGUUUAUUAAUUGCUAUAUCAUGGUUUCCAGCACGUUCUCGUCCAAUAGAUGAAAAACGAUUAUGGGUAUCAUCUCGUAAAUUAUACGAAAGUUUUUUAGAUAAAUUUAUUGAUAAUCAAACACAAUUACAUAAUGAUGAUUAUUUAUUUAAAAAAUUUGAUUAUAGAGUGAUUAAUACUAUACAAUGUGUACCAGAUAAUCGUACAAAUUCAGAUGAGGUUCGACGAACUAUUCUAACAUUUAUGCAAACAUAUUUUAUACCAUUGUUUAUAUUGGCAUUUGUUUAUCUAAGAAUAUCAGCAAUACUUUUGAGACGAUCGAGUAGUUCAACACCGUCAAAACAUAUUUAUGUUCAUUCAAAUAAUGAUGCACAAUUUAAAAAAAAAUUAAAACAGGGUAUUAAAAUGCUUGUUAUUGUAAUUAUUUUAUAUGCUUUAUUGUGGUUACCAAUGAAUGUUUUUCAAUUAUGUUUAAAUAUAUUUUGUUAUCCUGAUAAUCCUUAUUCACAUUUUUGUGGUAAUAUGUUAUUAAUACAAUUACUCUAUAUUAGCUGUCAUUAUUUGACGUCUGAUAUAAAACAACUUCGACACCGUCUAAUUCAAUUUCAAACAUCACGAAAAUCUGCUCAAAGACGACUUACACCUCAAAAAAAUGCUGAAAAUUAUCGACUUAAAGAUAGAAUUGAUCAAAAUCAUGUUGUUCCAAAGAAAUUAUAUACUUCUACAUCAAAUCGAACAAAACCGGCUGCUAUCUGUACUUAUGUAUUUACAAACAGAACGAAGAGAACCACAAAUGACACAACUGCAGCUACUGGAAAAUAA